AGAUGCAACUGUCUGCUCUUCUCGUUCUUCUUCCCCUGGCUGCUGCCCUUCCUGCGAGCUCAGUCGACAAAAGAGAGAAGUUCGCCGCGUGCAAGUCAGCUCGAGACGUUUGCCUGAACAAGUGCAAGCCCUCGUUCAACGUCCUUCUCUACCCAUACUGCUCAGCCAGCUGCAACUCCAGGUACCUCUGGUGCAAGAAUGAUGAUCCAGUGCCUGAACCUACAACCCUCAUACCUUCUGGCCCUAUCCCUACAUCCAUACCAUACCUUAACAUUCCGUUUCCCGUUGACAACGGAAGAACCCCCCCUUUCAAGGAGUAAACGCGAGAUCUCCGGGAAAGGACUCCUACUACACACUGACGUUCAUUCUUCGCCGAAUAACACACAUCUGUCGUGGCUUGGGCGUUGACGAGACGGUCGAGAUGGUCCAGAGUAUACCUCAUCGCUCAGGGAACGAUAUAUCACCUUUUGUUCCCAUUUGAAUUUACCAGUAAAGCAGAUAGAUAUACAGAUGGCUUAGAAUUUCGACGUUAUUAGAUAUUGUAAAAUUGCUUCCUUCAUCCUC